AUGGUCGAAGGGAGCGUGGCGGUGUCGGACGGUCCCGAGAUAGCGGCGGAGGAGACGGUAACGGCCAUCGCCACACGAAUAGCCAACUAUCUCGCCCCCAUCGAGGCCCCCAAGGCUGCCAUCAAGUUCAUAACCAAGGAGGCAGCCAGAAGGCUCCAGGAGCGAGAGGCAAAGACGAACCUUGACCGCUUCAUCGAGACCCAAUUAGGCGGGCACGCCAACAAGGUCAAUGCGAAGAGUGACACGAAGUUCCAGGACGCUGCCACGGAAAAUUGCGAGAUCCUAAAUGAAUACUUGAGUGCUCCUCACCAAGAAGAACGGGUCAACGACCGCAAGACGCUGCAAGAGAAGAGGAAUAUGGGCGACCUCCGGGUCCGGAACAAGGAUUUCGGCAUGGCGAGCCAGCUGUACAAUGACGUGCAGCAAGCCCAGCAGGCGGCCUUUAGCGCCACAGACCCACACACGAUAGCCACCGUACAGAAGCUACAAGACUUUAACGGCGGAGAUUGGCAGAGGGACUCGCUGAAUCACUCUUGA